AGAAUUUCAUUGUACAUUGUGCAUAAUAACAAAAAAGCUUUUUCAUCUUAUCUUACAAAGAUGAUUAAAUGUGAACAUUUUCAGAAUGCACUUUUUGCGCUAAAAAAAGAGAAAAAAAUGGAGUUGUGGUCAUCUAUGGAUUAUUAUGCUGUGAUUUUACUGGUCCGGCCCACUGGAGAUCAAUCUGUGCUAAAUGUGGCCCCUGAACUAAAAUGAGUUUGACACUCCUGAUUUAAGUCAUUGUGAAGAAACUACUAAGAACUACUUGGAAAGUUAGUUUAGUAGCCGCAUGAGAAACUUGUUUUAUGGCACCUAUCCAGGUUGUUUUCUCAGACUGGAUCCUUUCUUGUCUUGUAUCUAUUCUCCCAUGUAGGAUGCCUUUGGAUAAAAACAUCUGCUAAAAAUGAAAUUGUAGAAACAGUUCAAAGAGCUGAAUCAACUCCUCUUUGACACAAACGGAGCACCAUAAAACUCAUUUUGGUGUGUCAUGUUGCAGGACAGUGUACUGAAUCCCAUCAUAUCCAUGUGUACCUAAUAAAGCGACGUCUCUGUUUACAGUAAACUCUCCAAACUGCGACUCCCGUCGUUCCUUGCGUCAUUGUGUCAACAUGGCGCCUGUCUGCCGGACAAAAGGCGAAUCUGUCUGACGGCGAAUUGAAGCCCAAUUAGAAGCAGAGGAGACAUUUUGGGAAAACUGUCAGUACCCGUGUGUCCCUGCGCCCCGAGGCGAUAGAUAUAUGGUCAAACUACCGUGUGUGGAGGCUCUUCUACUGGAAUAAUCAGGAUGUUCCAGCAGUGUGAGGAGCCUCGCUUCACCAUUGAGCAGAUUGACCUCCUUCAGAGGCUACGGAGGACUGGUAUCACCCAGGCAGAGGUCCUCCAUGCAUUGGACACCCUGGACCACCUGGACCGGCGACAUGGGCACAAAUUGGCCAAUAAACCUUCCUACAUGCCUCCUUCAUCUUCCAACACCGUCGCUGCCUCUUCCUCUAUGACUUCCACCGCCACUCAGACAAGUUUUCCCAACAACCGUCUCUCAUUGUCACCAAACAACACCUUCGACACCACCUCCCCACCUCUGCCAGUCCCAGUAGCCUCACCUGUUGCCAUAGCAGCAGUAGCACAGAAUGGUCUAGUUGCUGUCACCAAUGGGAAACUUUCACCACCCCGCUUUCCUCUGGCUGUGGUUAGCGGUACUGUGACCACACAGGGUUAUGGGUUUGAAGCCAGUGAAGAGGACAUAGACGUCGAUGAUAAGGUGGAGGACUUGAUGAGGAGGGACAGUGCUGUGAUCAAAGAGGAGAUUAAGUCCUUCCUGGCUAACAGGCGGAUCUCCCAGGCUGUGGUCGCUCAGGUAACGGGGAUCAGUCAGAGUCGGAUCUCCCACUGGCUCCUACAGCAGGGAUCGGACCUCAGUGAGCAGAAGAAACGAGCUUUCUUCCGCUGGUACCAGCUGGAGAAGACAAACCCUGGUGCCACUCUAGCCAUGCGAGCUGCCCCACUGGCACUGGAGGACAUGAUGGACUGGCAACAAGCCCCGCCCCCCUUUGGUUCAGCCCCUGGGGGCUUCCGUCUGCGUCGAGGGAGCAGAUUCACUUGGAGGAAGGAGUGUCUGGCUGUCAUGGAGAGCUAUUUCAGUGACAACCAGUAUCCUGAUGAAGCCAAGAGAGAGGAGAUAGCCACCGCCUGCAACGCCGUCAUUCAGAAACCAGGAAAGAAACUGUCUGAUUUAGAGAGAGUAACAUCGCUGAAAGUCUACAACUGGUUUGCGAACCGCCGCAAAGACAUCAAGAGACGUGCUAACAUUGAAGCAGCCAUCUUGGAGAGCCACGGCAUCGAGGUUCAAAGUCCAGGCGGUCAGUCCAACAGUGAUGAGGUGGAUGGCAAUGACUUCCCUGACCAGGGCUGUGAGGUGUCCUUGUUUGACAAGAGAGCUUCAGCCAGGCAGUUUGGCUUCGGUCGGGCUGACCUGUCUUCUCCCACCCAGGUUCCCACGCUGCUUCCAAGCUGGUUUUCUGCCCUGGGUAGAGGAGGAGUGGCUGCACAGAGAGGCGCUUCUCUGAUUGGUCGUUCCCUGAUGUCAGGGGCGGGUCCUCAGGCGGAAGGUGCUAGACUAACAGGUGUGUCCUGGUCCCCUCCUUCCCCCUCCCUCCAGGAUGAAGCCACCAUUCACAGCGCGCUGUCCGAGCCCCAGGACGGUUUGGAGAAGGCGGCGGGGAGUCACAGCAGCCCAACCCUGCCCAGUCAGGAGGAUGGAGCAGGGUGUAGCAUGGGGAAUGACAUCAAGACGGAAACGCUGGAGGAUGACUGAAAGAGGCGGCGGAUAUCGGAGCGAUGAACAGGUGUCAUUAUAUGCAAGCAGAUUUUAUAGGAAUGUAAUAAGUGAAAAAAAAUGACCAAAAGUCGUGUAAACUCCAACCCUGAGAUACCUCCCAACCCUACCUCCAACCACCAACCUGCUCCGCUACGCUCUUAUAGGCAUUAUUAGUGUAUUAUAAUAAUAAUGAUAAUAUUAAUAAUAAUGAGAAACUUUUAUUUGUUAAAGUGUUCCCCAUCUAUGGAAGACUUAAAAUGUCCAUAAAAACUAAUUCAACCAAGAAAGUGAAAACAUUAAUGGCAUUCAACUGUGAUGCACAUAUAAGGAAACACAAGCUGUGGCAAACUGUGUUGCUUUUCUUUGUUGAUUUUUUUAAUAUUAGGCAUUUUGAGUCUUCCUUCAAAGGAUGAUGAACAGAGCACGAUGCAUUGUACAGAUUUUUUCGGAAACUGCAUUUUUCACAGCAGGACAACACUGUAUUUGACAUGGGGUUCAAAUAGUAUCAGGGUCUUGCACUGUGAUCACAACACAACUGAACAGCCUCAAAAGUUAAGUUCAUUUUAACGGCUUGUUUUAAAAGAAUAUUUCAUCACAGGUCUUUAUAUUUCAAAUUUUCACUGUUGAUUCUGACUAGACAGUAGAAUAAGCUUGACGUCACAACAUGUUUCUGUGAGCCCAAGAUGUUUUUCUAAAUGUGCAAAAGAGAAAGAAACAGAAUGACCCUCCCCUCCCUGAUAACAUAAGCUAAAUAUAUGGAAGCUCUGAGAGGCCAAUACAAAUAAAUACAAAUGUUUUAUCAGUUUAAUAACUUAAUCAUUACUGAAUGGUAAAUAGCAAUGUUUAAAUAUUACUGAAUUUACUGUGCUGGCAUAAUUUAAGAAACUUUUUGUUUUCAGAGUCACAAAUUUAGAUCGGAGAGUUGCAGUUACAACUACAAUGACUACAAUGACUUCUUUUUACCCACAGGAAAUUUCAAAAUAUAGCUGAAGCUUUUUCAGUGGAUGAUUUUCUAAAUACAAUAUUCCAGUACAAUGAAUUCUGUGCUAUGUAAACAUCACCUAGUAGUGUUCAAUUGAGAUUUCACAGCCAGUUCUCCAGUUUCUAAUAAGGUUUAAAUCCUUACAGCCUCUCUUUGCUUCCAUAUCAAUCAUAAGCAAUUAAAAAAUACCUGCAACAUAAAUGUCGAAGGUAGCCAAAACUGUUGACAGAGUUGUAUAAAAGCUAGAAACCGGGACAUCCAGGUGAUCGGGUUUUCUUUUAUUCAUUUGUGCCCAGUUACCUGCUGGGUGACCUGGUGGAAUGAUUGAUCACUGUGAUCACAUAUUAUCAGUACAGAUCAGUCAGUUAGGAGGGAUUAGACAGUUUAAUGAAGCUGUUUAGAUACUACAGAUUAAAGUGUAAGAUGAAUGCUUACAUAUACUACAUGUGUAUGUGUGCAUACACACACACACUCUUAUAUACAGUAUAUGUACCCUAAUCCAUUUCUAUAUACAGUAUAUAGACAUAUUAGCUUCAAAUGAAAGAAACUAUCAGUAUGAGUAUUUCUUGUAGGUGAAAGGUGAAUGAAACUUUAGCCAAAGUAUUAUGUUUUGAAAUUUGUGUAUUUUCUGAGUGUAUGAUAGUCAUGGAUGAAACUAUUAUUAGAGGUAUGCUAAUCAAAGACACAUCAGAUGUGUCAAGUUAUUUCAAGCAAAAUGCAUCAUUUUCCUUUUAGGGUAAAUCUGUGUUUGUGCUCUAUAUGCCAAUGUGUUCUAAACACAUGCGGUUAUGUUUAAGUUGUAUUUUAAAUGACACUUUAUUGGAUCAGUACCAUGGUGCUUAAAUCCCUGCUGUUAAAGCAUUAAAUUGAUCACUAUGAGUGAAUGAUCACAGCGCCAGUAGGAAGAUACAAAGUAGUCUUUCCCUCCAAAAAGUAGUUUGCAUUGAGUAUAUUCUCUUAAAACAAAUACUGCAAGAAGCUUCUUUAGAUGAAAAAUGUGUUUCGAGUCGAAUCAUGGAUAUGUAUGUUAGUUACAGCCAUUGUAGAAGUCUGUUUUCUCCAUGAGGAAUUAUUAAAAAUGUAUUUGUUGUCCAGGGGUUACUGAAAUAUCGUUAACACAGUUUAGUUUUAAAGAUCAUAAACCAUCAAGUGCUUCUUCUAUAGUUUAUAACUAAACACGGUUGGCUUGUUCCGUUUCCCAGUUGUAUCUUCUGUUCAUCUCUUCUGAAAAGUUUUGCUGUUUGGUUAAAGUUGGAUGUCCUUCUCAAAGCAGUAAGAAUUAGUUCUGCCAUCAGUGGAACAAACUGAUUACCACCUUAAUUCUUCUAGUUACACAUCCAACAGAUGUGAACACAACAUUAACAUUCACUCAGAGUCUUGUUCUUGACAUCAAGUUCAUUUAUCUGUCCGCUUGUAGCUCUAUUAUGGUUUCCACUUGGGGUAAAACUGCAGAAUAGAUCUGGUUUUGAUGUGUCUCCUUUUCAGUACUGCAGAGAAAACAAACAACAAAGCAUACAUUAACAAAAUAAAUUUCAUAUUUGUUUCUACAUGAUGUCAGUAAUAAUAAUAAUGUCAAAAAUACCCCAAAGUGUUCACUCUCAAAUAUAACUAAAGUCAAAUGAAAACAAUUAGUCCACAAUGAACUACUAUUAACCAUUAAAGCUAAUGGUGCACUUUGAGCUCUAGAACUGCCUUGUCCUGUUUUCAGCAACAACUAACAAAUAGCCACUGGUUUGAAUAAAGUUGGAAUUGUCACUUGAGAAAAAAUGAGCAGGGGCGUAGUGUGAGCUCCAUAUGAUAGAUGGUUAAGCUUUAAGAGGCUAACUCUGCUGGCAUCCUCCAACUGAUUUUUUAACAAUACAAAAAAUUGGUGUUAGAAAAUGCAGUGGGUGAAAUGACAACCACUGAGUCUCUGGUGUUUGCAUUGGUGUGAUUACAUGUUGCUGUUCAGUGUGACCUUUUUUGGACAGUCACAGGUGAAUCUCACUGGUUAUUCUGUUCAGUUUUAGUAUGUCAGUACUGUAUGGUUUUAUGUUCAAGUGCCUUAUUUUUUGCAGUAUUUUAACACGGGUUUAGUGUGUGAUGAAUGACUUCUACAAUGGCUGUUCAUUUGCCACCGCACCACUACUAAUGCUAGAAAACUAAUCACAUGCGUUCUGUGACAGCCCACACUAAAGCGGCUUCGUUCAGACCGUUUCAUCGUUGUUCCUUACCAGGUGCUUUACAGGCUAAGCUACUAGUUCAGAGUGAAAAACGUUAACACAAUUACCUCACUCCCUCACCCUCACUAUAAGCUACACCCCGCAGGUUCCUCCACAGCUGCUUCAAUGUGAACCAGUUUGAACUGUCUAAGAGAAAAACUAAAUGUAGAGCUGACUGAUUCAGAGGAGACUGAACUGUGAUGAGGCUGUAUAGACGGCUCAUGCUGACUGAUCUGGGACAACAGAAAUGUCAGUGUCUUUUUUAAAAGGGAAAUUCCUUAUCAAGUUAGAGCUAAUAAAUGCUAAGUUUGAACAUAAAGGGAAUUUCCACUCCAAUAAUAAUAAUAAAAAAGACCUUAUUCAUUAAUAUGCUCCACCAGGCCAAUCGCUUCUGCCCCCAUCACUCAAUCUGGUGGAGUAUUAAAGGUCUGCUAUGUUUCAGACUAAAUGUCAGAGAAAAUAGAAAUUUUGUGGUGGAAUGUCUUUUUAAAUGUGUGGCAGCAGAGCUGUCCUGGGUGUCUUUGCUUUAAGCAUUUGAGAAAUCACUAAUCUGUUUUGUAGCUUUCUGUUAUUUGAUUUAUUUACACCAAAUUUUCAAAAUGUACUAUCCCAUUAAGUGCUACAUGUUUUUUUUUCUUUUCUUUUUAAUCUGCUAAGCAGAAGCCUUUCUGAAAGGGACCUAUAAUGCUUUCCCAUAUUUUCUGUCAUGUUUAUAUAAUGUUAUGUUGUUGGAUGUACAUGUUAAAUGUGGCCAAAGUUUCAAAUCAUGUGGCAAACGUGUGUAAAAUACGAAGCUUACAGGACAGCCAUGAAUUUAAACUACAGUCUUCUUGGUAAAUGGAUGUACACCUUCUCUCAAAUAUACACUAGGUUUAGUAGUAUUACAAGCAUAUAGUGUAACUCCAGCAUGCAAGUAAACAGUGCAGGGAGAUACUAUGCAGUCAUUUGGUGACAGCAGAAUGAGAUUUUACUAGCUAUGUUGCCUUUAGUAUUUUCUGACAUCAGAUGUUUUCCACUGCAGUCAGCCACACCUACAGUCAAAGUUUUGGACACACCUCAUUCAGCUGUUUUUAUCUAAUUAUUUUCUACAUUGUAGAUUAAUACGGAAGAGGUCAAAACUAUAAAAGAAUACAUGAGGAGUCAUGUUGUAAACAAAAAACUGCUAAUCUUCAUCUUAGUUAAUAGUUAAUAGUCUUAAUCUACAAUGUAGGAAAUUAUACAAAUAAACAAAAACCAUUAAAUGAGAAGAUGUGUCCAAACUUUUGACUGGUAGUGUAUACCUUCUAGCAGGACACAGAGAAAAAUCUUCUUAAACAGCUUCUGAUUGAAAGACUAAAUUGUUAUGUCACACCAUUUGCAAGAAAUCAGCAUAAUACUUACCAGUCAUUCUGCUGUAAUGGAUGCUUGUGCUGUCAACUUUUACCUCAGAUUGGACUCACACUUUACAGUUUGCUUCAGUAACCUACAUCUCAGUGAGAGAAUGAGGUGUUGCCGUGGACUGUAUAUAAAAGGUAUACCUAACCUCUGCGUCUAAAAGGUGAAGCCAAUGUGAAAGUGGCUUAAAUCUUCAUUUUCCUAAUGAGUUUAUGGUCCCCGUGCUAGCUUCAAGUCUUCUUCAACACAGCAUGAUGUUCCGUUUGUAAAUUACAGUCCCAUUUCGAGUAAAACAGGCGACAAAGGAAGGUUUGUAUUAGUGCAGGUUAGCCUUCAGAUCGACAAGUCAUUAGUGUAUGGGCAUGUAUAGUGUGUCCAUGUCAAAAGAGCAAGAUGGCGACUGUCAAAUUCCAAACUUAAUGCUUCAGAACCGUAGCUCACAAACCAAUAGGUGAUGUCAUGGUGGCUACAUUCAUCUGUUAUAGACAGUGUAUGGGUGGUGCUCACGAGCAAAGGCUUCCACACAGCCAGCCAACUGCAAGGAAGUGUGUCUUAGGAUGGGGGACCUGAGCUGAAACGGCUUGUUUCGUACAGUAGAUGAACUGAAGGGCUGGAAAAAGGGCCAGUAAAAGAUAAAUAAGGAUUUUUUUUAUUUUUUUUUUUAAAACUGUGAAUCAUACAAAGCUAAUCUACUGGAGCUCCAGUAUAAAAACACAUAGCUGGAAAUAAGCAUAAUGGAUCCCUCUGGAGACAGUUUGCUGUUUUUAAGUAGUUUCAGGAUGUCAGGUCAUUUCACUUGUCUUCAGGGUCUUCUCAUAAAAAUGUAUUUUGGAGGUCUGGAGCAGGUAUUUGGUGUUAGUUUAUGUUAUUUUCAGUAUUCUGAAAAUAAAAGUAAAACCAUAAACAGAAUGAGGAGCUAAAAAAAGGCACGUAAACCACGCACAUUAAUAAUUCUAAACCAAAAAUGUUUGAAUCUUGACUGACUUGAAAUUGGAUCUUUUUGUGCCAGAAAGUGUUUUGAGUUGCCUAAUAGCUCAAAGUUCUCAUGAAGUGGAAACAGAAAACCUUUGCUCUUCCAGCUUUGUCAGGACUGCAUCAGUCUAUUCAUGUGGUGUCUUUUCAUUGGUUCGAAUGCAGUUUUACCAUCUGCCUUUAGUCCUCUGUUGCCUUGUUGUACUGCUUUUUUUUUGAAAGGACAGGCUUCCUUCUCUGGAAUAGUUACCCGUACAUGCACCCGUGGCACUGACUGCACCUUCAUUUCACUGAUCUUUGCCCUGCCAAAUCCCACCACCUCUUCUUCUGGCGAUAGUGCUUCAGUAGACGGUACCACAGAUGUUUGGUUCAACAGCACUGUUUGAAUGUGAGACACUUCUGUCGGCACUGGGGUGCUAGUGUGACAAACACCAGGGUGCAUGUUGAUGAGGUCGCUAACAGGGUGGUAGAGGUUUGAUGUGAUAUUAGACCUGCUGUCUGAACAAAGAGAAGCACAAGAGAUCUGGUGUCACUGUGCUUUCAGACCGUUCAUGUCUUAGAACUGGAUGCUGUCCUUCUCCAUUAGUCAGUGUUGUUAGAUGCAGUCUGACAUUUGAAGAGUCGAAAUGCUGUUUUUUUUUUUUUUUGGGUUGUUUAUGUGGGGAAACAUGCAUCAUUCAUGCAGUCAGUAAAACAUAGAUGUUCUUCCAGGGAUAGGACACAUUACUUCAGUGAUGGACAUCAUCUCUAAAUAUUUCAGCAGUUAAAAACGGUGGUUGCCAAUAAACUCUUUAUAAAUUUCUGUAAAAUAAAAGGUAUCAAACCUCAGCAGGAUGUUGUAUCAGUUUGAUUUUUUUUUUAUCCUCUUCUUUUCUAUUUCAAGAUUUAGUGCCUUUUUUGGACGGUAGACUGUUCUGUAAUAGCAAUGUAGAAAAUCUACAUAUGCCUUUUGUUACUUUUUCAUCUGUUGGAUAAACCUUAUUUGUUAUUUUUAAGGUGUGUUUUUAUCAAUAUUCUAUUUACAAGGGAAUAAAAACUGAUCAUGCAGUG